AUGUCGAAGCGCGAAAUUGAUAUCCAGCCUGAAUCCUCUAAAAAGGGCAAAGCCAAAACCAACGAAGAUAUCCCCGAUUUCGCUGUAAUAGCGCGACCUGGGUAUGGUCGUCUUGGACAACCCGUUAUGCUCAAAACCAACCAUCUUCGUAUUGAAAAUUUUCCGGAUCGAAUUAUCCAUCAUUACACCUUUCUCUGCGAUCCAGUAGUGAAAAAAGUCGCUGCAUUCACCAUUUUCUCAAAAAUGAGAGCCGACGGCGUCUUUGGCGAUAUCCGUCCUAUUUUCGAUGGAAAUUCGUCGAUUUUCUCCCCUGCACCAUUGCCAAUUAAAGUGGAUAAUUCUACCUUUGAAGUAAAGCUUGACGCUAACUCAGAAAUAAAUGCGCGCGCGAAAACAUUCAAAGUUACCAUCCACAAAAAUGAACACGGUGAAAUUUCCAUGCAACCAUUAAAACAGUACAUGAACGGCCAGAUCGGCUUGACUCAACAAGUCGCUAAUUCAAUGUUAGCACUUAAUACCAUUCUUAAUGCUGAGGCGCGAGACAAAUUUCCGAAUGUAAAACGCGGAAUUUUCCCAGAUCAAGAACGCAUGUUUAGAUUGCAUGGCGGGAUUCAAUUGCGAUUUGGUUUUUCGCAAACUAUUCACCCCGGAACUGAUCAUUUAUAUGUUAAUGUCGAUGUUUGUGUCUCGACCUUUUUUCCAAGUGGUCCUUUGCUCGAAGUAAUUGGCGCUUUGUUUGGAAGGAAUCGUGAAGAAUUGCACCGUGGAUUCGGUUGGCAACAGAAAGGCACCCUGGAAAAUCUUCUUCGCGGAAUUCAGUUUCGCAUAACACACAGAGGUGGAAGUCGCCGAAAAUUCAAAAUAGAAAAAUUGUCCAACCAUGCGGCACAAGACAUAAAGUUCACCGACAAAAAUGGACGCGAAAUAUCUGUCGCAAAUCAUUUUUUGGAGCAGUACAAACGAGAUCUAGAAUUCAAGGAUCUUUUCUGCGUCAUUGUAAAAAAUAACGUUAAUUUUCCCUUGGAAGUAUGCGAGGUUCUUCCAGGUCAAGUGUUUACAAAAGACUUGACAGACACGGGAAAAGCUGACAUGAUAAAACUUACUGCGGCCAAGCCCUUCGAACGUUUCAAGAAAAUUGAGGAUGGGAUUAACACGUAUUUGCAAUUUAAUAAUAAUAAUGAUUUACAAGCGGUCGGCAUCCAAGUUUCAAAACACAUGGCUGUAGUAGAAGGCCGUAUGCUAGCUUCACCGAAGCUAGCAUACACCAAAGUUGAAAUCGAACCACUGAAUGGUCGUUGGUCAAUUCGAAAUCUUAAAUUUCCCAAAUGUCAGUCAUUAGCAAACUGGAUUAUGAUAGUAUUAGCAGAACUUUCAGAGAAUAAAUUACGAAAUUUUGUUGGAGAGUUAACAGAGACUAUGCGAAAUCAAGGAAUGGAAAUCAAAAACGAUCGUCCGCCGACUUAUUUCGGAAAUAAUGUUAGAAACGUCAGCGAGAUGAUGCACAAUUAUUAUAGUCAGCACAACUCAUCAAACAAUCCACUUCAACUGAUUGUCAUGAUUAUGCCGAAAAGAACUUCUCAACUUUACGGCGAAAUCAAGAAAGUUUCCGAUAUAGAACUAGGCGUCCCAUCUCAAUGCAUAAUUGCCGACCGUCUGAACAAGCCACGAAAUUUUUCCACUUGGACGAACAUUUCAAUGAAAAUUAAUUCGAAAUUGGGUGGUUGCAAUUUGUAUUUACCAAAAAGUUCUCUUCCAAACUCAAUUGAAUCAAAGCCGACUAUGAUAAUGGGAGCCGAUCUCUCGCAUCCCUCCUUUGGCUCAAACAAGCCAAGUAUCGCUGCCGUCACUGCAUCGAUGGGAUAUUCUUACACAAAGUAUUAUGGCCGCGUAUCUCAAAAUACUCCAAGAGACGAAAAAAUUGAUAAUCUUACCGAAAUGACGACUUCGCUUCUUGAAGCUUUCAAAAAUCAAAACCAGGGACACCUUCCACACCAGAUCAUAUACUAUCGUGACGGUGUAAGCGAGGGGCAAUUUCGUGCCAUUUUACAUCAUGAAAUCACUCAUAUGAGAAAGGCGUUUGGUCAAUUAUACCCGACUGGGAAAUCACCUAAACUUACUUUCAUAAUUGCACAAAAGAGACAUAGAACCCGUUUUAUGCCUGAAAAUAAAAAAUACGGAGAUAAGGCCGGAAACCCGGUAGCAGGGACUGUUGUUGACCGUGAAAUUACUCAUAAAUGUGAAUUUGAUUUUUACUUGCAAAGCCAUAGUGGACUCCAAGGUACCACUAGACCGGUGCACUAUUUCGUGCUCCACGACGAAAAUAAAUUCACUGCAGAUGAUGUGCAGACCAUGACUUAUUUCUUUAGCUACUUGUAUCAAAAAUGCACUUCUUCCAUUUCAAUUGUUCCUCCGCUUGCUUACGCUGACUUAUUAGCGAACCGAACACGAUUGUAUCCCGGGAAUGAGAAUAAUGAGCAAGUGAUUCCGGAUUUGCACGAGAAUUUGCACCAGUCGAUGUAUUUUGCAUGA